AUGUUCAGAUUAGAACGUCUUUCUUUAGGUUCGGAAACAGCUGUUGUUCAUUGGCUGCCUACAACUUGGGUUCGUUCGUCAGAGAAUAAAAUACAAUUUCUGGUUCAGAAAACUACGGAGGAAUAUCAACCAACCUCUGCAAAUUUCCAAUCGUCAAUCAAAAGUAACGGCAAGAAAUUGAGCAGAAUUGAACGUAUCCAAAAUGAACGGUGGUGCGUGCAGCAUAGAGCACAUUUUCAAGAUUUCACUACAAGGCUGAAACAGAAUACGGAAAGACGUUUGUAUUAUGGUUGUGCUCAGAAAGCUGACGAUGCUAUCAUCAAGAAUUGUUUUGAUAGAGGUUUUACUGGAAAGAAUGCUAUGCAUUCAUUGUAUCGAACAUUAUUUAUCUGUGCAAUUCUGGCAUCAUUAUUGUUCAUUCAUGUAACAAAAGCCGGUGCAAUUCUCGCUGCACUAGAACAUGAAACUGUCGACAAAGAAAAUUGUGGUCCAGCUGGUGCUGUAUGUGGCAACGAUCCACCAUGUUGCAAUCCGCGAUGUCGAGUAAAUUGGAGUGGUGCUUGGUGCACAUGA